AGACGGCGGUGCAGCGGCGUACAGCCCAAGUGUCAUACAAGCAGAGCUCGAGACUACACUCAAGCAGAGCUCUAAGCUAAAUGGCUCUAUGGGCGAAUCAUCCUGGAGGCAAUCGAGCAAUAUCGUCAUGUCCAGCGCGCUCGCGCGCACUGACUCCAACCUCUACGGCGUCUCGCCGACGAGUCCAAAACCCAGCGACUCGAUGCUCGGUGGCGAGGGGUCCGAUGACGACGGUAGCGCAUUAGGCGACGACAAACGCAAGAAGAAGAAACCAAAGGCAGAUGACGGAGACAAUGUCUGUACAGACUGUGGACGCGUGGACUCGCCAGAGUGGAGGAAAGGUCCGCUGGGCCCAAAGACCCUUUGCAACGCAUGUGGCUUGCGAUACGCUAAGCGUAUCAAGAGAACAGGCGGGGACCCGAAUGUCGCCGCAUCGACGUUUCACCAGGCAGCGCGGGCGUCAGGGAUGUUCGGGGACAUGGGGUCGCCACCGACACACUCGGCGGAUCUUUCGCAGCAACCAGAGCUGCCUUUCCAAGAGCCAUUUGGCCACUGAUUCAUCUGCACUGAAAUUUCCCGCCAGUGUCGGGAAUAUCUCGUCAUUGUGCACUCUGUUCUUCUACAUCCAACAAUAUCUGGUGAAGAAGCAGCUCCCAGCAAGUUUGGUAUUUAUAGGACUUUUAUCACACGUCGCCGCCCCCAACACAAGAUAUACGAUCGAUUUUUGUUGCUUUUCUCAUUGCUCGCUCGCAUUUGUAUCGCAUAUACACGUAUGAUGCUCUUGCAAUUUUAGUAAUGAUUCUGGCCUGGUCUUUCUAAUUUUAGUGAGAG